GCUCGGUGCGGCCAGCCGGCGGACGAGCAUGGAGGAGUCGCCGCCGCCGCCGCCGCCGGCCCGCGGCUGGUGCUGAGCGCCGUGAGUCGGGCCGCUCGGUUGGGGCUCCCUUGGGGCUCGGGGGGAGCGCCCCGCCCGGACCUCCUCCCUCCCAGCCGGACUCUUUUCGGGGGGUGGGGGCUGCUCCCCGGACAGCAGCGCCCCGAAGCAUUUUGUCGCCCCCCCCUCGCCGGGGCCGGGACGCCUUUCCUUUGGCGCCCCCGUUUGCGAGACCCCCGGAGGGGCGCGGAGGGGGGGGGGCUCUCUGCGCCACCUUUUCCCUCCCGGCCGGGCUUUUUCUGCGGGGGGGGGGCAUCCCGGGGAAGCAGCUCCGCGGAGCCCUCGGCUCGUCCCGCCAGGCGGCUCCUGGGCCGGGCCGGGAUGCGCCAUGGCCACCUCCGCGCCGCUGGCCUGCCGGGUGCAGUUCCUGGACGACACCGACCCCUUCAACAGCACCAGCUUCCCGGAGCCCACCCGGCCGCCCUGCUACACUUUCCGCCCAGACAUCCCGCUGGCCACCCAGCUGGCCUCCCUCCACCGCCUGCUCAAAGCCCCCCAUAAGCUGGAUGACUGUGCGUUGCAGCUGUCUCACAAUGGUGCCUACUUGGAUUUAGAAUCUACCUUGGCAGAGCACAAGGAUGAAUUGGAAGGUUUUCAGGAGGAUUCUGGAAGAGGAAAAAAGCACAGUAUAAUUCUGAGGACCCAGCUGUCGGUCAGAGUCCACGCCUGCAUCGAAAAGCUGUACAACUCCAGUGGGCGGGAGCUGAGGCGGGCCCUCUUCUCCUUGAAACAAAUAUUUCAAGAUGACAAGGACUUGGUUCAUGAAUUUGUUGUGGCGGAGGGCCUGACAUGCUUAAUAAAAGUAGGAGCGGAGGCAGACCAGAACUACCAGAAUUACAUCUUGAGAGCGCUGGGACAAAUAAUGCUGUAUGUGGAUGGGAUGAACGGCGUAAUUAAUCAUAAUGAGACAAUCCAGUGGCUAUACGCUCUCAUUGGAUCAAAGUUUCGCCUGGUUGUAAAGACAGCACUGAAAUUACUCCUUGUUUUUGUGGAGUAUACAGAAUCCAAUGCGCCCCUCCUCAUCCAAGCUGUGUCCAUUGUAGAUGAAAAAAGAGGCCUGAAGCCAUGGUCCAAUGUCAUGGAGAUCUUGGAGGAAAAGGAUGGGCUUGACACUGAGCUGCUAGUUUAUGCAAUGACUUUAGUGAACAAGACACUGGCUGGCUUGCCAGAUCAGGAUUCCUUCUACGACGUUGUGGACUAUCUAGAAGAGCUGGGGAUUGAAGCUGUUUCCCAGAGACACUUGAACAAGAAAGGGGCGGACUUGGAUCUGGUAGAGCAAUUCAACAUUUACGAGAUGACGCUCAGACACGAGGACGGGGACAUCAACGGGGAACCCCCUCCCAGUUGCCGGAAAGACCGCAGAAGAGCCAGUCUGGGGUGCCCCGAGCGGAGGGGGCUGGAGCGACGGAGGAGCCGGAGGCAUUCUGUCCAGAUGAUCAAGAGCACUUUAUCCGCUACUCUGCCUCAUGACUCCUGCGAUGCAAUCUGCCAUGUGGCUACGAAGGCCGUUGUUGCUGCGUCACAUUUUCACAUGUGUGUUUUUCCUGCUGCCUUUGUUGACCGGUUCUGUAGAGGAUCUGAGCCGGAGACCCCCCCAGGCUUCCAGAGUGAGGAGGAGUCUGGCAGCGCCUUUGAGGAUGAGCUUAGAGCAUCGUCACCUUUAGAGGAGGAGGACUACGAAGACGAAGAAGAGGAACAGCCAAUCACUGAGCCCAAUACUGAGGAUGAGGGGCAGGAAGAGGCAUCUAGGCAGGGCCGAGACAGUGGGCUCUCAGAAGUGCACCAGACUGAAAAUGGGCCGGAAAGUCCUGAGACUGCGGCCACCCCAAGUGUCCUUUCUCAAGAAGAGAGGCCUACUGAGACCUUUAGGGCAGAGAGUCCUUCCAGCAGCUCUUCGUCUUCUGUGCCUGAUCUGUCUGCUUCCUGCCAUUUUCCUCUCCGCUCAUCAGCCUCCUCAUCUGUACCCAUCAGCUGUUCACAAAAUUCAUCCUCCUCGUCAGCUGCUUCAAAGUCCUCAUCAGCCUUUGAAAAACUACCUUACGUUCCUCAUAGUCCCUUCCACCUCUUCUCCUAUGACCUUGAGGAGUCCUCCACGGCUGGGAAAGAAAAGGAACCAGAAACUAUAAGAGAACACAGAUACAACGGCUGCAGCAAUAGCACCAAUUCCUCCCCGUUCCCUCAUUCAGGAUCAAGGGCAACCCCAACAUCAAACUUCCACUGUGGGGAAUCCCUGUCGCCGCCUCAAGAAACUAAAGGAGAGAGGCCAUCUUUGGGUGGUCUUCUGACAUCGUCUUACCGACAACACCAAGAAUCUUUGGCAGCGGAAAGAGAGAGGCGGCGUCAGGAGAGAGAAGAGAGGUUACAAAGGAUCGAGCGUGAAGAGAGAAACAAAUUCAAUCGUAAUUAUCUAGAUAAACGAGAAGAACUCAGACAAGCAAGAGAAGAGAGAUACAAAUACUUGGAGAAAUUGGCAGCAGAGGAGUAUGAGAAGGAGCUAAGGAGCCGGAGCGCCUCCAGGGGCCGGAGCGACUUGCCUCUGAAUUUGGAGGGUUCGUCAACUGUUCCCGUUCCCCAGUGUGUCAGCCCCGGGUCAGCUGAUUCUCAGGAGGAGCCAAGCACCCCUGCGACCUCUUGCGGGGCUCUUCACACCUUGGAAGUGAGCGCCAGUGACCCUGAAUGCGAACCGGAAGUGGAGCCAGAGGGAGAAGCGAAGCCAGAGCAGGGCAAGAAGGAAGCGGGGACGCCUCACGAAGCGGAGGCUGCUGAGGCGGAGCCGGAGAGCGAAGUGGAGCAAGGCCCGGAACAAGAGUCGGAAGACGGCUCCGUCCUGAGCGAAAAAGAGCGGCAGAAUGAGGAAGUGAACGAGAAAGACAACUGCUCGGCCUCCAGCAUCUCCUCAGCCAGCAGCACCUUAGAGAGGGAGGACAAGUUGACCAGUGACAAUGAGACUGGUCCAUGGUUACGAACCAUUCAAGAUGUUGCAGUGAAUGAUCAAGGCAGCAAUGGUAUUCUGGAUAACCAAAGCUGGGGUUUGCGCUGCGCUUGGAUAUAUUUGUAGUGCCCGGCGCAACAACAGAAGUCCAAGGAUGAAGAGGUUAAAGAACUGGAGGAGGAGGCCGAGGGGAAGGCGCUUCGGCGAGAGGGCGAAAGCGACACUGUAUCAACAAGCUGCAGCAGGAUCUCCGUCCUGCAGGCCACCCAGCAGGCCAAAGACGAAAGUGUCAAAAAAAUGGAGAUUGGGAAUUGGGAUAACCAUGGCAGCGUGAAGGCCUUUGCGGAACGAUUCAGUAGCGGUGAGCUGGCCAAAGGCUCAAACUUUCCCGAAAGCGAUUUCAGUGAAAAGGUCUCUGAAAAGACCCCCCUCGUGCUGGCGAAGAAGGAAUCUGACUAUAUUUGGGAUCAGCUCCUGGCCAAUCCGAGGGAACUUAAAAUCAAAGACAUGGAUUUUACAGACUUGAGGGACGAUGAUGACGUUGACGUUUUGGACACAGGAAUGGGUUCCGGUGACGCCCUGGUUCCCCCACCCCCACCCCCGCCUUCCUUUUUCGGUUUGCCCCCUCCACCCCCUCCCUUGCUUUACGGAUGCCCACCUCCACCCCCACCCUCUGGUAAUUUAUUGGCGCCCCCUCCCCUGUUUGGCACUCCUCAGAGUUUAGGAUCUCCCCCACUCCAUAGGGGUCAUCCGGCUUUUAUUAAAAAGAAGAAAACAAUCCGCCUGUUUUGGAACGAGGUGAGGCCGAUUGAAUGGCAGUGCAAGAACAACAAACGCUGCAAAGGAUUCUUGUGGUCGAAACUGGAACCUAUUAAGGUGGACACAUCCAAGCUGGAGCAUCUCUUUGAGUCGAAAUCCAAGGAACUUCCUGUCACAAAGAAAACUGCUGCUGACGGAAAGAGGCAAGAAAUCAUAGUGCUGGAUUCCAAGCGGAGCAAUGCCAUUAACAUUGGGUUGACAGUAUUACCCCCUCCAAGGACAAUUAAGACUGCCAUUUUGAACUUUGAUGAAUAUGCCUUAAAUAAGGAAGGAAUCGAGAAAAUUCUCACCAUGAUUCCCACAGAAGAAGAGAAACAGAAAAUCCAGGAGGCUCAGCUGGCCAAUCCCGACAUCCCUCUGGGCAGCGCCGAACAGUUUCUUCUGACUCUUUCUUCCAUCUCCGAACUUUCCGCCCGACUUCAGCUGUGGGCGUUUAAAAUGGAUUACGAGCUGGUGGAAAAGGAGGUGGCAGAACCACUUUUGGACUUGAAAGAAGGCAUGGACCAGCUGGAGAACAAUAAGACUUUGGGAUUUAUCCUGUCUACUCUGCUCGCUAUUGGAAAUUUCCUCAAUGGCACCAAUGCCAAAGCCUUUGAACUGAGCUACCUCGAGAAGGUUCCAGAAGUGAAGGACACCGUGCAUAAGCAGUCUCUUCUGCAUCAUGUCUGCACAAUAGUGGUGGAGAAAUUCCCAGACAGCACUGACCUUUAUUCUGAGAUUGGGGCCAUCACUAGGUCAGCCAAGGUUGACUUCGAACAACUUCAGGACAACUUGUGUCAGAUGGAGAAGCGAUGCAAAGCAUCAUGGGAUCAUCUGAAAGCAAUAGCAAAACAUGAAAUGAAACCAUCUCUAAAGCAAAAAAUGUCCGAGUUCCUGAAAGACUGUGCAGAACGAAUAAUAAUCCUCAAGAUUGUCCACAGGAGAAUAAUUAACAGGUUCCACUUUCGCUCUUAUUAUUUAUGUAAUAUCCAUAUCCUUAUAAUGACAUCCGAAAGAUGUGAAGACAUCAAUAAGUUCUGCAAAAUCAUUAGUGAAUUCGCCCUGGAGUACCGCACAACCAGAGAACGGGUUUUGCAACAGAAGCAAAAACGAGCCAAUCACAGGGAGAGGAAUAAAACCAGAGGGAAGAUGAUCACAGACACUGAUGAAGAAGAUGACGUGGAGUCUGGGAAGUUCUCCUGCAGUUCUCCAACCCCUCAGAACCAGCCGCAGGGGCUGCAGUACGCUGAAGAUGCCGCGGAGCACGAGCACAUGAAAGCCGUCCUGAAGACAUCAUCUCCGAGCGGGGAAAACACCUCCAUGUUAGGAGUGCGCACUCGAAGUCGAGCCAGCCGAGGCCGUGUCGGUUCGUGGACUGCUAGCAAUGAUGAAUCACCAAACGCUACUGAUGAUGCAGCAGAUGAGAUCAUGGAUCGCAUUGUUAAGUCUGCCACGCAAGUGCCAAGUCAGCGCUCAGUGCCUAGGGAAAGGAAGCGAUCCAGAGCAAACAGGAAGUCACUUAGGAGGACGCUAAAGAGUGGGCUGACACCAGAAGAAGCCAAAGCGCUGGGUCUCCUCGGCACUUCUGAGAUGCAGGUGUGACGACCAACUCUCCAGCUGACGGACCGUCCUCACACUCAGCCGCUGAGGCUGCCAACAGCUGUUCGGCGUAGCGUUCUCCUGCCAGGUCCACCCACGGCUCCUAAUCCCCCGUCAUCUCCUAGAGAUUAACGUGUGUAACAUUAAAGCAGGCAAAAAAAAAAUCACACAACCUAAAGAGUUAAAGCAAAGGCUGUGUAGGUGGCAGCAAUGAAAGGGCUGGGGGAAGGGAGGGUCUGGAAAAUUGCAUUGUGCUUGUUCUGUCCGACUUUAUGGUUGUGGUUUUUGAGAAGAUUCUCCCGUGGGAUGUCUUGUAGUGUGUGUGAGAGGUAUAUAAGUUCAUUUUCCAUGUGGCCUGUUGUAGUAAUUGUGGAGUAUUCCGUCAUUUCAAAGGGCAGUCCUUGAAACAGGCAAACCAGCUUCUGUAACAGUUACUGCAACUCUUCAGACAACAAUGUUGUUAAGCAGAAAUGCACCGUUAUUGUUAUCUUUCCACCAAAGAAUGUAAAAACGUAUGUCUACUUAUUUAUA